UCCGGUCUCGAUCACGCGGCAUGCAGAUUCGCGGGAGCCAUCAGAGAAACGCUGCGUAGAUUUACGAUUUCUCGAUGAAAUUCAAGGGGGAAGCUAAUUUUGUCACUCUAAUCAAACCAAUCCAAGAGUAAAACUGGUGAAUCAUCACUAACCCGCCGGCAGGUGCAAUCCUUUUCGCGAUUCACAUUUCCGCUUCGGGAGAACGAUUGCGAAGUUCGUCCUAGUACGUAUGGAUGAACCUGACCGACGGCAAUCCUCGUAACUCCACUCUCUUUCGUUUAAACUUCCAGUGCUUUUCGACUUUGUGUGGAUUGGAGUUUCACUGUCUUGGAAAUUCGUCUUUGCAUUUACAAGUCGCUUCAAGAAUUGAUCAUAAUCGCAGAGAUCGAAACUUUUAAGUUGGUAUACUUGAGAUUUCGUUUCAACUAUGGGAAGCGUCCACCGAGGAGGAACUAGAAAAACAAAUGACAGUGCAAUGAUUAUAUCCACAACGUUAGUGGGAGUGGUCUUUGGAUUUUUUCUGGGUGCUUCAUUUCCUACAGUGUCGCUAACGAAGAUUAACUUACCUUCAAGCCUUAUGUCAUCUCUUGAUAUAGCCAUUGACGUGCAAAGAUCCCCUAGAACCAAUUUAACUGAGACUCGUGGAUCACCCAAAACUCCCAAGAUAUAUGCGCCAACAAAUCCUCGUGGUGCAGAGGCAUUACCUCCUGGAAUUGUUGCAGCAGAAUCUGAUUUUUAUUUACGUCGAUUAUGGGGUGAACCCAGUGAGGAUCUAAAUAAAAAACCCAAGUACUUGGUUACAUUCACCGUGGGCCUUGAUCAGAGAAAAAAUAUUGAUGCAGCAGUGAAAAAGUUCUCUGAUGAUUUUACAAUUGUGCUUUUCCAUUAUGACGGUCGGACUACUGAGUGGGAUCAGUUUGAGUGGUCAAGGAAUGCAAUCCAUGUCAGUGUCAAGAAACAAACAAAAUGGUGGUACGCAAAAAGGUUCUUGCAUCCUGAUGUUGUAGCUGCAUAUGAUUAUAUUUUUAUAUGGGAUGAGGACCUUGGAGUUGAGCAUUUCAAUGCGGAGAAGUAUAUUGAGUUAGUGAAAAAACAUGGUUUGGAAAUAUCCCAACCUGGACUUGAGCCUAAUAAUGGACUGACAUGGCAAAUGACAAAGAGGAGAGGUGACAGAGAGGUUCAUAAGGAGACGGAAGAGAAAGCGGGCUGGUGUAGUGACCCUUACUUGCCUCCUUGUGCUGCGUUUGUAGAAAUUAUGGCUCCUGUUUUUUCUCGUGAAGCUUGGAGAUGUGUUUGGCAUAUGAUUCAGAAUGAUUUGGUACAUGGAUGGGGGCUCGACUUUGCUCUCAGAAGAUGUGUAGAGCCGGCACAUGAGAAAAUUGGCGUAGUUGAUUCGCAGUGGAUUAUUCAUCAAGUAAUCCCUUCUCUUGGGAAUCAGGGCUAUUCUGAGAACGGGAAGGCUCCAUGGCAAGGGGUGAGAGCAAGGUGCAGAACUGAAUGGGCUGAGUUUCAGUCUCGGCUUGUGAAUGCUGACAAAGCAUAUCUCGAUCAGAUUAAUAAGACAAAACAUUUAUAGAAGGGACCACCCUUCUGUUGGAGUUGUCACGGUGAUUAUGUACAUGUCCUCUUCUUACCUUGAGGGCUUAUUUGAUGGGUCCUUGAGCGAGAUAUCUCUCUGAUACAUUUGUUGUAGAAUUUUUCAUUUUGUUUACUGAUAGAAAUAAUUCAUAUAAAAGCGCAAUACACAGCCACAGUCGUUUUCCUGGUUUCAUUCUGUAUAGUGUGUCAUGUUGGGCUGAUAGGGCAGUAUACCAAAAGUAGACUUCAGAACGGGAGCCAAAAUACCUGAGUUGUUUUAGGAACGAAGUAAUAUGAAUAUGAUACAUCCCUUUUGAACU